GCAGUCAGCACACCAGGGAGCAUUGCGGGAAAACGGAACGGACGGAGGAGGAGCGUUUAUUCACGGCUUCUCGAAAUUUCAUCUCCCCGUUCCGUUUGCAUUAAACAUAGUACUUGGUAAUACAACGUUCUUCGACCUGUAAUAAUCUGAAGGUGACUUAAAGCGAACACAGCGGCGGCUCCUUCUGUGAUUGUAGCAGCGGUCUUUUCUUAGAGCGACAGGCACUUGGACACGCUGAUGGCGGUCACCAUCGAGGAUCUCUAUCGUAACUACGGGGUCCUUGCUGAUGCUAAGGACAACCUCAGCCAGCACAAAGAUGCAUACCAGGUCAUUCUCAAUGGCGUGAAGGGUGGUCCCAAGGAGAAACGACUGGCAGCACAGUUUAUUCCCAAGUUCUUCAGCAGCUUUCCAGAACUGGCUGAUGCCGCUAUUAAUGCCCAGCUUGAUCUCUGUGAGGAUGAAGAUGUAUCUAUCCGACGACAGGCCAUUAAGGAGCUCCCACGGUUUGCAACCGGUGAAAACAUCUUCAGAGUUGCAGAUAUUCUCACUCAGCUCCUUCAGACAGAUGAUACACCCGAGUUCAACCAAGUGAACAUAGCACUGGUUGCUAUCUUCAAGAUGGAUGCUAAGGGUACCCUUGCAGGCCUGUUCUCUCAGAUCCUCCAAGGAGAAGAUAUAGUGCGAGAAAGGGCCAUCAAGUUUCUGUCCUCCAAGCUGAAAACCUUGCCAGAGGACAUCAUGACGAAGGAGGUGGAGGAGUACGUCUUUGCAGAAACAAAGAAGGUGAUGGAAGAUGUGACUGGGGAAGAGUUUGUGCUUUUGAUGCGUGUAGUGUCGGCUCUGCGGGUGCUCCAGACUGUAAAUGGGCGACAGCAGCUUGUGGAGUUGGUUGUGGAUCAGGCAGAUUUGGAGCAAGCCCUGAACCCAGCAGACCCAGACACUGUGGACCGCCUCCUGCAGUGCACACGCCAGGCCCUACCGUUAUUCUCGAAAAAUGUCCAUUCCACCCGUUUCGUCACCUACUUCUGCGAGCACGUUCUGCCCAACCUCAGCAGCCUGGCAAGUCCUGUGGCUGAGCUGGACAUUCAGCUGGAGGUGCUGAAACUGCUUGCUGAGAUGAGUCCAUUCUGUGGAGACAUGGAGAAGCUUGAGGGCAACCUCAACAUGAUGUUUACCAAGCUGCUGGAGUUCAUGCCACUACCACCUGAAGAGGUAGAGAACGGUGAAAACUCAGCAAGUGAGGAACCCAAACUGCAGUUCAGCUAUGUAGAGUGUCUCCUAUUCAGUUUCCACCAGAUGGGCAAGAAGCUGCCAGACUUCCUUCUUGAUAAGGUGGAUGCUGAGCGCCUCAAAGACUUCAAGAUUAGGCUACAGUAUUUUGCCAGAGGUCUGCAAGUUUACAUCAGACAGCUACGAGUAGCACUGCAAGGAAAGACAGGAGAUGCUCUGAAGACAGAGGAGAACAAGAUCAAAGUGGUGGCCCUCAAGAUUACAAACAACAUCAACAUCCUCAUCAAGGAUCUCUUCCACAACCCUCCAUCAUACAAGAGCACAGUCACUCUGUCCUGGAAACCUGUCCAGAAGACAGAGGCAGUAGCGCCCAAACGUCCCUCAGGUGAAGAGAUGGGAUCCAGUGGAAGCACAAAAAAACAGAUCCCUCCACUGCCUCGGAGGGAUGCACGACAAAUUUACAACCCCCCCAGCGGCAAGUACAGCGCCUCCAUAGGCAAUUUCACCUACGAGCAGCGUGGUGGCUUCAGAGGCAGCCGAGGACGAGGCUUCGGAGCUAGAGGGAACCGGAGCAGAGGCCGAUUCUACUGAGACAAAGUUGUGUACAUUUCAUUGAACUGCAUCACAUCAGGGUCUUUUCAUUGCUGAGACGGACUAUUUUUCAUCUACACCUUUUUUUUUUAAGUUUUUUUUUGUGAUUCACUUUCUGGCACAAGAAGAUUUUACCAAUUGUGAUUUGUUUUUAAUGGAGGUUUGAUUUCCUGUCUUAACAAUAUCAGACAAUGGUUUCCAACUUUUCUACUGGCCAUUUCAAUAUGUACUCCCUGUAUUCCUCUCAGCCAAGGUGAUAGCUAACAUAAAUGUGUGUUGCUGUUUUGGGUUUUGUUGUUUUUUUCCCCUUGAAAUUUUAAAACCUUUUGUGUAUUUUUCUGUGGAACAAGACUGCCAAGUUGUAAACCGAUAAAUAUUUUCAACAGGUAGAUGUAGUAAAAGAUGAAGAUCCUCUUGUUUUGCAAAAUGUUGGUAAAUGCACCCUUUCUAUCUUUUUUUUUUAUUUAAUCUUGUUUUUGUUUUUUAAAUCAAAACUUAAUUUGAAUUGGCUACUUUGUAUGAAUUAAUGAUGCUGUUUCAUGAAUUUUUAAUCAUAAAUGUGUCUGGAAGGUUGA